GCCCCCGGCCCCUUCCGCCGCGCAUGCGCCGCGCGCCGCCCCUCAGCGCGGGCACCGCGGCAGGGGGAUGGCCCCGUCGCUGUCCUUCCCGCCACAGGCACGGUUAGUGUGUUUAGUGCUCGCUUUCACUUACUGUCUCACGUCUGGGCUCCUCAGUGCAACAAAGACACGGAGCUACUGGAGAGGGUCCAGCGGAGGCCACCAAGAUGAUCCAGGAAUGCAAAAUACCAAAUCUAGAUGCGGACUGAGCCAUGUCGCACUAUUGCUCGGGACCAGUAGAUGGCAACCACCCCUUGCAGUGUCCAAGAUUCUCUCCUUACAACCUCUCCUCACAUUUCCACAAUGAGGGAAAGGAAGACAACAGAUCCACUUCAUUCGUCCACAGAUCUGAGUGAAGGGAAGGAGAAGUUAAGACUGAAACAAGAGGUUGGCCUGAUUAGCAGUGUGUCAUUAAUUGCAGGCACCAUGAUAGGCUCGGGGAUCUUUAUGUCCCCUGAGUGGGUACUACAUCACAUGGGGAACCCUGCCAGCAGCCUGCUGAUCUGGGCAGCAUGUGGUCUCCUGGCCACGUUUGGAGCCUUGUCAUACGCUGAGCUUGGAACAAUAAUUAAAGAGUCUGGAGGAGAAUAUAUUUACAUUUUGAGGAUUUUUGGUUCUUUUCCUGCUUUCCUUUUCGCCUACACUUCUGUCAUCCUGGUGAGACCAGCUGGCUUGGCAGCUGUUUGUCUGAGCUUUGCUGAGUACGCCAUUGCGCCGUUCUACCCAGGAUGCUCAUCUCCGCAGGUUGCCAUCAAAUGCACAGCUGCUGCCUGCAUCCUGAUUUUAACUAUCAUCAACUGUCUCAACGUGAGGCUGGCGACAUCUGUUAUGAACAUUUUCACAGCUGCCAAACUCUUGGCUUUGUUGGUGAUCGUGGUGGGUGGAUUGGUGCUGCUUGCCAAUGGACAAACGCAGAGUUUUCAGAAUGGUUUUCAAGGCACGAGUGCAGGUAUUGGGGCAGUUGGAGUGGCAUUUUACCAGGGACUCUGGUCCUAUGAUGGAUGGAACAACCUAAAUUAUGUAACUGAGGAACUGAAGAAGCCUGAGGUGACCCUUCCCAGAGCUCUGAUGAUUGCCAUUCCUCUGGUUACGUGCCUGUAUUUGCUGGUAAAUGUGAGCUACUUGGCAGCCAUGACUCCCUCUGAGCUGCUGUCUUCAGGAGCUGUGGCUGUCACCUGGGGGGACAAAGUGCUGGGCAGCUGGGCAUGGCUCAUCUCCGUGUCGGUGGCCCUGUCUACGUUUGGUUCGUCCAACGGCACAUUCUUCAGCGGGGGCCGUGUGUGCUACAUCGCUGCCAGGGAGGGCCAUAUGCCAGACAUUCUGUCCAUGGCUCACGUGCGAUGCCUCACGCCCUCCCCUGCUCUGCUGUUUACAUCUGCAAUGUCUUUAAUAAUGAUAAUAUCAGGAAGCUUUGCCAGUAUCGUGAACUUUUUCAGUUUUAUGGCAUGGCUUUUCUAUGGAAUGACUAUUUCUGGGCUCCUGUAUUUAAAAAUCAAGAAACCAGAACUGCCAAGAUCUUACAAGGUCCCAAUUAUCAUCCCCAUAAUUGUGCUGAUGGCAGCUGUGUACCUGGUGUUAGCUCCCAUCAUUGAUCAACCCCAAAUAGAGAUCCUCUACAUCAUCCUGUUCAUUUUCAGUGGCAUCAUUUUUUAUUUCCCACUUGUUCGCUUUAAAUACCACCCUCGCUUCUUACAGAGAGUCACUUUACACCUCCAGUUGUUGCUAGAAGUUGCUCCAACUACCAGGGAUGCAAAUUGAGAUGACAUCCUCCCUUCUCGUGGCUGCCUGCACCUCAUGGUUUAUCCCAGCACCUUGGCUUUCAAGGCUCAGAAAAUAUUCUUCUGUAAAGAGCAAUGAGUAGAAUGUGAGUGACACUAAGUGAUGAGGUGAGAGGGACUACAGCUAUGACUCCUCAUGUUUCUCUAAAAUUAUGGUUUGUUUUUUUUUUUCUCCUUUUCAACUCUGCCUUGGCAUUACAUAUAGAUUCCAAAGGAAUAUGUGCUUUUGUAUUUUUUAUCCCAAAAAGGGCUGAUUCUCAGGAUCUUAUAUCAUAUUUCAAGAUAAAAGGCAGCAAAAGAUAGACAGUGAAAUAUUAUUCCUGUAGCAGGCUGCGUCACAUAGCCAUUUCCAGCAAUGCCUUUAAUUAUUUACACCUAGUUCUGCCCACUGUGACUGCAGAGCUUCUCAAAUCAGUAAAGCCAGGGCUCACCAUGGCCACAAGAAAUAAACCCUUUUUCACUCAGGUAUUCACUCUGGGAAGAUUAUGCUUCUUCCAGUUCUAGGUGCACAGUCACGACAGUCCUUUUUCUGUCUCAGAAAUCUUCUCACAUCUCCCACAGAAAACCCUCUGACAUGAGACAAAAAGUGUUUUAAAGCUCUGUCAGUUUACUCUGUUGAGAAUGCAUUUGUCAUCUGGGAUUCAUCCAUUCAUGAUGAGGACACAAGCAGCAUCACUCAAGUACCAACAUCCACCCGUGUGCUUCCUGUGAUCUCCCUGAAGACAAAUAACUUACUUUGUGACAAAGUGAGGGGAAAAAAAAACCCACAAAAAACCCUAGAGCAUAUGUGCCAGCAAGAUACUCUGACUAGGAAUUAAAGAAACCACAUACAGUAGGAGGAGUGUAACCACAUACUGGGCUACAUUAGGAGAGGUGUAGCCAGCAGAGCAAGGAAACAGUCUGUCUCUUUGGACUCAACACCUGAAAUCAUGCAUCCAGUUUGGGCCCUGCUGUUGAAGGUGGAGUUGAGAAGACCACCUUCUUUGUGAUGGCAACUCAGAGCAAUGGUCACAAGCUGUGGCUUGAGAUGUUCAGGCUGGACAUAGAGGAAGUGUACCCCCAUGAGGGCAGUGCAGCCUUGGAGCAGUGUGCAGAAAGGUGGUGAGAUCUCAGUUCUCUCACAUUUUCUACCACAGCCAUUUCCACCAAUUUCUGUGAGUCUAAGGGCACAGCACCUAAGUUACAGCCUGUGCUCUCACCCACACCUAAAACACUGAAGGCACUGUUGUUUCCCAUUAUCCAGAGGUGCAACAGGUUUUUUCCUGCUCUAGGGGAAGAAGUAUUACAAGCUUUUUUCUUCACAUUUUUCCAGAUGGUUCCAGGAUGAUAUCUGUCCUGUCAUAGACAGGUCAGGUCUAUGAGUAGGUCUAGGAGUUAGUCCCUUAAAUGCCUUUUUUUUUUGUUUUAGUCCUUUUUAGGACUAAAAAAAGUACUGAAAGUUAAGUUUCUGUCAGCAUUCUUCUACAGAACCUGCUACAAUCCUGCUACCUUUUACCUAACCCACCAUGAUCCUGGAACACAGGUCACUUGAUCCUCCGGGCCUCUUCCAGCCCCUCAGAGCUGUGUAUCUGAUUACAAUCUCAUUCUGCAAUGUCACCCCGUCUGUUCCUCUGAGUGGUGGUAUGAGCAGCCACAAGGAUGCACCAAUGGUCUGUUUUUCCAAGUGUUAGGUAUGAUAAUGGGUAGGCCAGAUGGCCCUUGUCCAAAUCCUUAGCUUAGACAGUGCUUAGGAGGAUUUUCUUCCACUGAUUUUUACUGGAGUUGCCAACAAAUGAGGGAACAAUUUUUCCUCCUGAAUCCUUUGACAACAUAAAAUUCUUGGGAUGCCUCUCUUAAAGGAGAGGAUAUUCUUAAAAGGACUGAUGAGGUUAGGACCUCUAGGAUACAUUCCCUCCACUGCUCCAGGCUCUUCAUCUAUGUCAGGGAGAUUUCUUAAAGGAGCUGCAUCUCAGCUACUUACGUAAAAAUUAGAAUAAUACAAUUUCUCGGAUUAUAAUUUUUGGAAACAAUAUUUUUCCUACUUAUUUAUGAAGCCUAUCACACAGGGUUGUGUUCUAAUUAAGAACAUGAAAAGAUUUAGCACUUUGAAUAAAUAGCCUUUAUAUGUUAUUGACUUGUGUAUGGAUAUAGGGGAACUGGAAAGCUGCAAUUAUCAUACUUUACACCAGUCUCAUUUUCUAUAGAUAUUAUUGUAACAAGAUAUUCUUUUUUAUUUAUGUUGUCUAGGAUUUGCAGGUAUUUAUAUUGCCAAAACAAGAUGCUGAAAGCUCAGAGAAUUGUGAGAUAAUUACAAUAAA